AUUGACAAAAAUGGGGAGAAAUUGGGGCCCUCAUACAUUGCUGUCAGGAAAUGGACUAGAAGAGGGAGUCAGUAAGUAAAUAGCAUAUCCAUUUGAUGGAAUUUAUUCAACUACUGAAAUUCACGGUUAUGAAGAGCUUGACACAAGAGAGAAAUAUGGUGAGUGAAAAUAACAGGAUCAAGGUGCAUACAGCCAGAAGAUCUCACCUGUGGGCUGGAGAGAGAGGUGCCUGCAGCAGGGCUGUGUGCUGUAGAUGUGGAGUUGGACGGUUUGGGCUAAGGUGGGAGGCCAGCGGGGGCAGUGAGUGGGGGAAGGGAAGAGGGAGUGAUGCCCGCUUUGUCUGCAAGUGGUAGAGGCAUUAAUUCUUGGCCCCUGCCUUUGCCCAGAGGGUGCUUGAUCUGCUGCACCCCAGACAGUCCCCAAAACUCAAAGCUCGCAGGAGGCACCAGGGAACUAAGGGGUGACUUGGGUGUGGAUUUAGUGCCUUCCAUGACCUUCAUCAGCUCCAGCCACACUUUCAGCCACUACAAAUACACACACUAUUUAAGAAAAUCUUGCAAACACCGGUUCAAAACACAGCCCCUAAUGUGUACUCCCCCACCCCCGCAAAAUGGAUUGAAAACCCUUAAAAAGAAAUUCCAGCGCUGGCACUCUGGUGGCAACUGGACCCUUUUGCAGUCUGUCUUCUCCCCAGGAGGUCAGGGAAAUGCACAGCUCUUGCUCCAGACUUGCAGUUCAGCAAGAAAAGCCAGUGGGUAAGAGCCCAGCCAGGAGCCGGGAGACCUGGGUUCUCAUUCUAUUCGGCCCCUCAGCAAGUUAUUUCUUCUCUUUGGGCGUCAGUUUUCUCUUCUCUAAAAUGAGGCUAAAUGGGGACAUUCCCAGUGCCUCACUGGGGAAUCGCUUUAACUAAGGCAAGGGGAAGGGCCUAGCACAGUGCUGGACGCAGCAGGUGCCCCCGAAGGCUGUGGGCGAGGCCCCCCAAUCCUUUGGACCUUGGCGUCCUCAUUGAUGACAGGAAGAUGGCCACGGGACGGCAGGAGUCAAAAUUCAGGGGAUUAGACAGCCAAGCGGUAGCGAAAUGCACCGCCAGCAAAAGUUAACCAAGACAGGGGCGGGGCUCGAACCUGCGAAGCAGAGUCGCGACUUCCAGCCCCUCCCCAGGCUGGGCGGUCACGUGGGAGGUCACGUGGGCCCACCCGGAAGCGCGCCCGCGGGCCGGGGGCUGGCUGGGCCGUGUUUGGGCCGCGAUCGGGUACGUGGGUCUCCUCCACUGUUCCGGUGCCGCCGUCGGCUGCCCACUCCGUGGGCGGCCGGUCUUCCUCCGGGACCCCCGCACGGCCCUCUCGGAAGUCGGGGAGCGGGCUCCACCCCGGCUGUGUGGCCGUAGCAUUUGCAGGACCUGGGAUGUUAUGCUGCUGUCCAUGAGUUGGUCACCGCGUCUGCCUACUUGUAGGCCUUUCUGAACCUCGGGCCGUCUGGAAGCUCCGCUGUGCUCCUUACCAAGAUGAAGUGCACCUUGGUGGCCACAGAGGGUGCCGAGGUCCUCUUCUACUGGACAGAUGAGGAGUUUGAAGAGAGUCUGCGGCUGAAGUUCAGUCAUUCAGAGAAUGAAGGAGAAGAGCUUCCCGCCCUGGAGGACCAGCUCAGCACCCUCCUAGCCCCGCUCAUUAUCUCCUCCAUGACGAUGCUGGAGAAGCUGUCAGACACAUACACCUGCUUCUCAACGGAAAAUGGCAAAUGCCUGUAUGUCCUUCACCUGUUCGGAGAAUGCCUGUUCAUCGCCAUCUGUGGCGACAGCACGGAAGGCGAGGGGGACCUGCGGCAGCAGCUGCGCGUGCUCAAGUACCUGUUCGAGGUGCACUUCGGCCUGGUCACCGUGGACGGCCAGCUCAUCCGAAAGGAACUGCGGCCCCCAGACCUUGAGCAGCGCGUCCAAGUGUGGGAGCAUUUCCAGAGCCUGCUGUGGACCUACAGCCGCCUGCGGGAACAGGAGCAGUGUUUCGCUGUGGAGGCUGUAGAGCGGCUGAUUCACCCCCAGCUCUGUGAGCUGUGCAUAGAGGCUCUGGAGCGGCACGUCAUCCAGGCUGUCAACUCCAGCCCCGCACGGGCCGGCGAGGAGGCCCUGCACGCCUUCCUGCUCGUACACUCCAAGUUGCUGGCUUUCUACUCCAGCCACAGCGCCAGCUCCCUGCGCCCGGCCGACCUCCUUGCCCUCAUUCUCCUGGUUCAGGACCUUUACCCCAGCGAGAUCACGGCAGACGAUGACAACACUCAGCCUUCCCUGCGGAGGCCCUGGAACAGCCAGAAUAUCCCUCUGCAGCAGACCUGGAACUCCCGUUCCUCAGGCCCCGCCAGGAGUUCUGCAGGGACUGAGACAGACAGCUUCUCCCUCCCUGAGGAGUACUUCACACCAGCUCCUUCGCCAGGGGAGCAGAGCUCGGGUUCAGGUAGCACCGUCUGGCUGGACGGGGGCACCCCACCCAUUGAUGCCUCCCAGGUCCAAAUAGCUGAAGACACCCUCCAAAUGCUGAUCCCUGGCUCCCCAGCAGUUUCCAGCCCCCGAAGGAUUUUCCUGGACGCCAGUGUGAAGGAGACCUACUGCCCCAUGGUGCCCCACACCAUGUACUGCCUGCCCCUGUGGCCGGGUAUCAACAUGGUGCUCCUGACCAAGAGCCCCAGCACGCCCCUGGCCCUCGUCCUGUACCAGCUGCUGGACGGCUUUUCCCUGCUGGAGAAGAAGCUGAAGGAGGGUCAGGAGGCCGGGAGCUCCCUGCGCUCCCACCCGCUCAUGGGCGACCUGCGCCAGAGGAUGGACAAGUUUGUCAAGAGUCGCGGGGGACAGGAGAUGCAGAGCACCUGGCUGGAGUUCAAGACCAAGGCCUUCUCCAGAAGUGAACCCGGAUCGUCCUGGGAGCUGCUCCAGGCAUGCGGGAAGGUGAAGCGGCAGCUCUGCGCCAUCUACCGCCUUAGCUUCCUGACCACAGCUCCGGGCCGGGGGGGCCCACAGCUGCCCCAGCACCUGCAGGACCAGGUCCAGACACUCAUGCAGGAGACGCUGAUGGACUGGAAGGACUUUCUGUUGGUGAAGAGCAGGAGGAACGUCACCAUGGUGUCCUACCUAGAAGACUUCCCAGGCCUGGUGCACUUCAUCUAUGUGGACCGCUCGACCGGCCAGAUGGUGGCCCCUUCCCUCAGCAGCAGUGAAAGGACCUCAUCAGAACUAGGCAAGGGGCCCUUGGCUGCCUUUGUCAAAACCAAGGUCUGGUCUCUGAUCCGACUGGCUCGCAGAUAUCUGCAGAAGGGCUACACCACGCUGCUGUUCCAGGACGGGGACUUCUACUGCUCCUACUUCCUGUGGUUCCAGAACGAGAUGGGGUACAAACUCCAGAUAAUCGAGGUGCCUGUCCUUUCUGAUGACUCGGCUCCCGUGGGCAUCCUAGGAGGAGACUACUACAGGAAACUCCUGCGCUACUACAGCAAGGGCCACCCAGCUGAGGCUGUCAAGUGCCAUGAGCUGCUGGCCCUCCACCUGUCCGUCAUCCCCAUAGACAUGCUGGUGCAACAGGUCGGCGAGCUGGCCCGGCGCCUGUGGGAGGCGUCCCGUGUCCCCCUGCUGUAGGCCAGGGCGCACUGCCCUGGUGCAGCCUGCUUGCACCCCAGCUCUCCAGCCCCCACCCCCACUUGCAGACAUCCCCACAGCAAGAGCCUCCUCUCCUCCAUAGUGGCCACCUGAGGAUGGGACAGUCACCAGGACAGCCCCAGGAUUUCUUAAAGAAACUUCACCUAGAGCAGCCUCCACUCCAGGCAAUGACCAAACCCCCAAAUUCUUCCCUCUGGAGGAGGAGGAGGCCCGGAUGUGCUUUUGGUCUCCUUAAAAGAACAGUGGCUGUGAGUUAGAGCUGGGCAGCCCCUCUUUCAGAGCUGCUCUCCGGUUAUCCCCAGGAGACAGGAAGUCCCCAGUGUCCGCAGGUGUCUUCAGACACCCUCUCUCUGCUGUUGGAGUGGAGGAAGAGCUCCCUCAGGAAGGCGUCUCCUCCCCAAAUGAAAGGUGCUACACUGCCACUUCCUAUCUGCGACGCUGGGCCAGUUUCCUAAACUCUACGCCUGUCUCCCCACAUGUAGAGUGAUGGCCCCUCCCUCUCAGGUGUUGGUGAGGGCUGCCAGACACGCAGCACGUGCUCAAUAAACAUUGGUUAUGGUUAUCAGUAUUA